AUGGAAUUGUCACCAUCCAGACCUUCCAUAUUGUUGUUUCUUGAUUGUCUCAAUACAAUAAAACAAGCUGCACACAUUGUUCAAGGGUCAUCACAAUUACUUCUGUUGUUAUUGUGCCCUAAACUUUUUAUUGUUACAGAUUGUUUACAAAUUUGUCCAUAUCCUCUUUAUGCAGCACUUUCUUCAACAAAACAAGUUGAAGUUUUGAAACCUCCUCCAAAGAGUUGUCGAAAAGUAAUAUUUUCUACAAAUAUUGCUGAAACUUCUAUAACAAUUCCAGGAAUAAAAUAUGUUGUCGAUACUGGAAUGGUAAAAGCCAAAAUUAUUAAAAGUUCAAAGAAUCUCAAAAGCUCAAGCAUGGCAGCGAACUGGCAGAGCAGGACGUCAAUCAAAAGGUGUCUGUUAUCGACUGUACACUAAAGAUGAAUAUAAUGCAAUGAAUGACCAUCCUAUUCCAGA